CUCUUAACAAAUAGUUAUUAUCGGCCAACUCUCUUCGCCGAUAUUGGGACCGCGGGACUCUCACUGCUGUUAAAGGAUAGGAACGGACGGGACGCCACAUAUUGUGAAAUAUUAUAGCGACCAUUUGCUCUAGUACAGGACUCAAAAGCAAAGAUGAGUGCACAAGUGACUGAAACCACAGACCAGGAUAUCACGGAGCUGUUUAUGAUGUUCGACAAAGACGGCGACAAUAAGAUUGAGCAAGCGGAGCUGAAGACGCUGCUAAGGGUCGUCUACAAGACCAACCCAGAUGAACGCAUGGUCGAGGAACAGCUUCACAAGUUCGAUACGGAUCGUAGCGGCACUAUUGACCUCGAAGAGUUCAAGCAGUUGUACCACUCAAUGCCUUACAAACCAAAGGGACGCAAACUGAGGCACAUGUUCGAUGAGUACGACGCUAAUGGGGACGGGGAUCUCAGUAUCGAGGAGGUGAAGCAGUUUCUGGGAUCCCUGGGGGCAAAGUGUUCUGACAAAUUGGUCAAGAAGUUGAUGAAGGAGGUGGACGUAAACGACGAUGGUCGCGUCGACUUCAGAGAGUUUUGCCUGAUGUUUGGGAAAAGUCUCUCCGAGCACUAAGCCAUCACAUCUAGUAAUUUCACAAUGCUCAAGAACCAAGUCCAUUUCAGUGUUUGUCCUUGACAAAACACAUGAACCAAAUGGAGUACAUGAAGUAUAGUCAGUCAUACGCAUUUGGAUUACAUUGCAUAGUGUAGCGUGACCUUAAGAUACGAUGAAAUAAUGGCUUAAGAUUGGAAACUUUUAUAUAUUUCAACACAUAUGAUCACUUCUUUGUUUGCUUAUUUUCUCUUUAACAUGGUGAAUCUUCAAUACUUAUAUUUAAGAAAUCUUAAAUUAAGACUUCCCUUUAACUUAAGUCAAACAUUCUGAUUUAAACGUUCUUUUUUUAAAAAAAAAGUUUUAGUUGUCUUUAUUAAAUAUAUAAAAAGUAUAAACCCAAAUAAAUAUCAAGGGACUCAAGAAAUGUACAAAAACAUAUUCUUAUCUACUAUAGUGAACAUGUUUAACAUACCACGAUAAUCUAAUUACAAAAUAUGCAGAUUGAAUGCUCGUCUCUGUUUGAUGUUUUAUAAGAUUAUUGGCAAUGCUCUGGGUUUUCUUCCUUCCUCAAUUCACUUCCGGUGCACUCUUUAUGAUAUUUAUAUAACAAGCACAUGUUUACAUAUAAGUUGAGUAAAAACGUAACAAUUUAAUACUAUUUCACUCAAUACUUUGACUAAUAUAGCCAGUUCCACAAACUUUACACUUAUAUACUCAUAUACAUAAAAGUUGAGUAAAACAAUACCCAAUUCUUUGAUUAACAGAUUCAGUACCACAACUAUUCGAAUUAGUUGAGUUAAAACAAUACAAUCAAUAGUUCACACAGUACUUUCAUAAACCGGUUCAGUACCACAAAUUAUAUUGCAUAUUAUUGGCACUAUACAUUUACACAUCGCUAUUUGUUCACGUGAAUUUCUUUUGCUGUUUUAUUUCAUUUAAGUAAGAUGUAUGAUUUAUAUAUGAUAGCAUUUUUAUUCUCUGCACAAGAAUAAUACCCAUGAGGUAAUAUCACAGCAGCCCGUUGUGUAUAGCUUGGAGAAGUUGUCCACAGGAUUUCUUAAGGCUGGUUUGAUUGGUUAAUAGUAUUGUUUCGAUUAAUGUUGACCAAUCGAUACUCAUUUUGGCCAACUUUAGCUGAGCAAUGGAAUUAAGCAUUUUAUUCGAUUAGCUGCUGUUGCUUCCUUUUUGAAGUUAUUACUGUAUUCAUUGCACAACUGCUACGGUCUUUUGUUUUCUUUACUUAUUGGAUGUUCCCAUACAUUACAACCCGUUUAUUUUAAAAUAAAACCAACAAUUACAUUAUAUAACAUAUUCAUUAUAAACAAACAAAAACAAUUUAGAUGGCAGAAAACUUGACAACAACAUUGAGAAUGAGAGUCCAUUGUUAACAUGUAUGUACCUCGACAGGAACUUGCUCCUGUGUGACAAUACAAAUUUAAGAUAUUUAUUCAUUAAGACCACUGUUAUUAUCAUUGCAAUGAGCCAGUCUUUAUUAACUAAAAUACCACUUUGAAUAUUACAUUUUCAUUAUAUGCAGAACGUAUAUCUUCCUUUAAUAUUUAUUUGUUAUUGUACGUGUUUAUUUUGGCUUUUAGUAUUCAUUAUAAUAUAUGUUCAAUAAAGUGUAUCUAUUAUGA